AUGUUUGGUGAUGAUUGUAAUAAACCAUGCCCUGUUAACUGUCUUGAUACUUGUACCAGGGACGAUGGUAAAUGUAAUAGAUGUAAACCUAAUACAGUUGGUCUGUACUGCAAUUCUACAUGUGGUGCUGAAUGUCUGCCAAUUAUAGGUGGGACUCAAGAAACAUGUGAUAGAGAUGGCAGUUGUACUGAAUGUAUUGUAGGCAGAUAUGGUGAUGGGUGUGAUAAGAUUUGUAGUACAACCUGUAAAGAUGGAUGUGAUAGAACUAAUGGUAGAUGUAAUUCUUGUGUUGAUGGUAAAAGUGGACAUAUAUGCGAUAAGAACUGUAAUAGUAAUUGUACUGUUUGUAAUCAAGAUGAUAUCGACAUUUGUACUAGAUGUAAAGAUGGGAGAUGGGUAAUAUCAUGUAAUAAACAGUGUAGUUCUAACUGUAAUGGACAGUGUGAUAAAUCUGAUGGAACAUGUUCUAUCUGUAAACAUGGUUGGCAUGGUAACGUAUGUCAACAACAAUGUUCUACCAAUUGUAACGAUGGCUGUGACAGAAUAACAGGGAAGUGUAGAGAGUGUAAAUUAGGAUUCAUCGGUGACAAUUGUAAUGUGGCGUGCUCUGUCUGUCAGAACCUAUGCAAAGCUGGCAAUUUGACUUGCGAUGGGUGCCAUUUAGGGUCUGGCCAAAUUACGGUUAAAAAUAAAGAUGACGACAUGGGCCCAGUUGCAGGUGGUGUUAUUGGUGCUAUAUUUGGUAUAGUAAUUACAGCGAUAAUUAGUGUUACAGUACAUUGCUAUAUAAUUAAAAGAAACCAAUCAUCUAAACCAGUCAGUGAAACACGUGGUUAUAGAUAUAAUAAUCGUCCUACUAUACACACACCAACAACAGGAGGAGAUAACUCUACAUCUGAUGAUAUUACUUAUGAUACUCUACAAGAAGGUUCAACUCAACAAAAUGAAGAACAUCAAUAUCAAACAUUAAAUCCAGAUCCUGCAUAUGUUAACCUUGGUUUACAAUAAAACAAUAAUGUAGGGAGGAGUUCUGUAUAAAAUAUACGGAAUGUGUAAUGAUCAUAGAUUUAGUUUUAAUUUAGUUCAGAUGAUUUUAUUAUCAAUUUUGUGACAUCUGCCUAAUCAAAUAGAAUAAAAGACUAUAUGGCUGUGUAUAUACGUAAAAUACCGUAAAUGCGUCCAUUCUAGAUACUUAUUUUAUUACUGACAUGUUUCAUAUAAUUUUUAAAGUAAUGUAGGUAACUAGGUAUAGAAACAAUAGUGUGACGUAACUAAUUAUGUUAUUAUAAUGAAGAAUAAUACAUUAUGCAAAUGGAUUCAAAUCAAACCAUUUAAUUUCGGUUUAUAUUUAUCGAGAAAUAGUUUUUUUGAUUCGCAUUCGUAUAUUAGCAAAUAUAGAUAUUUUAUAGAAUGGAUAUACAACAAAAUUAGGGCCUUUGUCCUUCGCACAGGUAUCAAUGUGCACUUAAUGGGAUCAUUCUUGUCUUAGGGUCCUUAAUUUGUUGUCUAUGUACAUUCAUUCUUUUUCUCAGAUUGUUCCUAUACCCGAUAUAGUUUUCACCACAUCCACAACAAGUUAUAACAUAUAUUAAAUAACUGACGUUACAUGUCAUAUUGGUGUUGACAUUGAAAAUAGACCCAUUUUUGAACCUGAAAUUUGUGCCUUCUAAUAUGUAAUUGUAUAACCCGCAUCGUUUACCAUUACAUUUGGGAAAAUUGUACACUGUAUGUUCGUCUUGGGUUACGAAUUUGGUUUUUCCUAAUAUUUGUUUUAAAUGUUUUAGCUGUCUUUUUGAUUUGAUAUAUUAUGUUACCCCCUGCAUUCCCGAUCUCAUCCUGUCAACUUUUGAUAAGAUUGUUAUGUUAUUGGGAAUGGAGAUUUUUCUCUUUAGUUUUGACCAAUAUCAAUCGUCUUGGCCUUUAAAAUUCCAUCAGAAAUUAGGGUGGAUGGAUAUUUUCUCUUCGUGAGAAAUGAUCUCAACUCCUCUAAUCUUGUGUCUCUUGUGGAUGGUGAUGAAACGAUCUUAUAAAUACGGCGAGCGAGAUUAUAUGGCAAUGAUACUUUCGUAUGUUUGGGAUCACAUGUAUCAAACUGAAGGUAUUGUUUGGUGUCAGUUGUCUUAUAGAAAAUAUCUGUUUUUAAUUUUAGUGCCAUUUUUAAUAAAAGGCUAUAUUCUGUUCAUUGUAAAUUAAAUGCUAGAUCAAUAUUGUUUAUUAUUUUCUGAAUGUUUCUAGUUCUAGGACAGAGUGUGUCCAAAUUAUGAAACAGUCGUCAAGGAAUCGGUUCCAUUUAUCUUGGAAAAAUGUUUUCAUGUCCAAGCUUAUAGUUUGUUCGAUUUCUGAUGCCACUUGGUGCUCUAAAUAUCCUAAAACUAGAUUUGCAUAAACAGGAGCUACUUUUCUUCCCAUCGAGGUACCUAAUAGUUGUUUAUAGAAUUUUCCAUUGAAAUGGAAACAGUUAUUUUCUAAAAUGAACCCCAAUCAGAAUAAAUGAUGUUGUGAAGCGUUCGUGUAUGACAGUCGUCUGGAUCGUACACUCUUCAGACCCAAAUCAUGAGGUAUGUUUGAGUAUAAUGAAAUGACAUCAAAUGUAAUCA